AUGGCCAACAUAGUCUCCUCACGAGUCCUGUCACGCUUCUUGCCUGUGGCGGAGGGGGACGUCUCCGUGUACGAGAGUAUUCGGAGGGAUACGCUAGGAUAUGAUGAUGUAGAGUCGCAGCCUCGGAGAGCCUAUCAAGCAUCGUUCCAGGAUGACAACGAUGACGACGAAGACCCGAACGAGACGUUCCUCUACAAUGCCACCGAUACGCAACUGCUCCCCAACAACUCUAUACUCAGUCCGCCUACUGGCCCGGUGCCGGAUGCCUCACCUCUCCUACAACAUGCUCGAUCAAAGUGGCAGGGCCCGCGUGGAAAGAGGAGGGCAGACGAAGACGAGGACGUCCCGGAAUCAUUGCUGUUGGAAGACAAAGGACAAUCGGCGAUGAAACCAUUACUGUCUCCCGAGAAGAACGAUGCCCGGGCUGAAGCCCAGUGGCGGGCGAUGCAGGAGCAGCAAAACCUUCAUGCGAAUCGAUUGUCACGCCCAGCUGGCCUGAACGCUCGUCGGCCAACAGCUCAAGCAAUGGUUCAGCCUCCAGCCAAGCCUCAAAUCGACCCUCGAGCGGAUGCCAUGUGGCUCUACACAAACGCCAAUAACUUGGACGCUUUUCUGCGUGAAGUUUAUCGUUAUUACGUUGGCCACGGAGUGUGGUCUAUCCUCCUCUCGAGAGCACUCAGUUCAUUAACAGAACUAUUCGUCUUCAGCUUUGCAAUGUUUCUCACAACUUGCAUCGAUUACUCCAAGAUUCCGAGCAGCAAGUCCACAGGCGAAGUAUUGAUUCCGAAAUGUAUGGCGAAAGCAUCUUGGCUCAAGAAUGCGGCAUUGUUCUUUUUCAUCAUCUAUUGGCUGUGGCAGCUGGCCCAGCACAUUGCAGACAUUCGAAGACUCUUCCGCAUGCACGAUUUCUUCUUGCACGUCCUCAACAUCAAUGAUGUUGAUAUCCAGACUGUUUCGUGGGUCCGUGUUGUUGAUGGGUUGGUCAAAGUUCAGGAUGCCAACGUCGCCACCGCCAACCCACGACCAUCUAUGCGCAAAUACCUCGACUACAAGGAGCCGCAACAGCGACUGAGCGCUGAGAGUAUUGCCAACAGACUUAUGCGACAGGAUAAUUACUAUGUUGCGCUAUACAACAAAGAUGUGCUCGACUUUACAUUGCCAUUGCCAUUCGUUGGUAGUCGUCAAUUCUACUCGAAGAGUUUGGAAUGGUGUAUUGACUUUUGCCUGACGAACUUCAUCUUCGACGAGCAAGGGUCUAUCCGACCAUUUUGUUUGGAGGUCAAGAACAGACAAGUGCUUGUAGAGGCUCUACGAACGCGUUUACGCUUCGCGGCGAUAACGAGUGUCGUCAUUGCUCCUUUCAACAUCCUUCGUUUCUGCAUCGUCUUCUUCUUCAAGUACUAUACGGAGUUCACACGCAAUCCCGCACGAGCUAGCGCUCGUACCUUUACGCCAUUCGCCGAAUGGAAGAUCCGCGAGUUCAACGAAUUGGAACACUUGUUUGAGCGUCGAAUACGCCAGGCGUACCCUUUCGCCAAAGAAUAUCUGGCACAAUUUCCCAAGGACAAGACCGAUCAGGUUUGCCGUUUCGUUGCAUUCGUGAGCGGUGCCAUUGCGGCAGUCUUGACCCUGGCAACGCUCUUCGACCCGGAACUGUUUCUGACUUUCCAGAUAACUCCAGGUCGUACUGCAGUUUUCUGGUUGACGGUCAUGGUUGGAAUAUUUGGUGUCGCGCACGGCUCCUUACCUGACGAGAACGAAGUCCACGACCCAGUUCUACAUCUGAAAGAGGUUUUGGUCUUCACACACUAUCUACCUUCGCAUUGGAAAGAUCGCCUACAUAGUGACGAAGUCCGCGCAGAAUUUUCCGCCAUGUACCAAAUGAAGGUCGUCAUCUUUGUCGAAGAAAUUCUGAGCUUAAUAGUCGCGCCUUGGAUCCUGUGGCGAAAUUCGGGCAAACGUACAGAGAGGAUCGUCGACUUCUUCCGAGAGCAGACGGUGCAUGUAGAAGGUAUUGGCCAUCAGUGUAAUUUUGCAGUCUUCGGGUUCAAGAAAGACUUGAACGCAGAGGACCCUAUUGCUGUCCUGAACGAGCCCGAUGGUCUCCGUGACGAUUACUAUGGUCUCAAAGACGACAAGAUGGCAUCAUCGGUGCAGAAUUUCAUGCAAUACUACAGCCACCAACGCGCUGCUGGACGCCGGCCUCAUGGAUGGCAGCCGCCUCCCGCGUGGCCGCCGGUAAUGCCCGCGCAAAGUUCGAACGACGGGCCCAAUGCCCGCGCAGCCUCGAGCAGGGCAGCUCACCCUUCAUCGCGAAAGGCAGGCGGAAUCACGAGCCCCCGACAACAGCCGACAACGUCAAAGAUGCAGCAAAGACAGUCUGUCGGCCAUCCAGGGCGAGGUGGACCUAGUCGGACCAUCCACGAGGUCUCUGAGAGCGGUCUCAUGGCGAACGACAGCGAUCUGCGCGAAUUCGCUGACGGGCCUGGUCGGAAGUCCCAAUCUAGCGACCCCGAAGACCUCGAUGAUGCUGAGGAUGGUGCUGCGGGAGGAAAUCCGGGUGUUUUGGGCAUGCUGUAUCAAUUCUCCAAGGCCCAGGCAGAUAAGGGAGCAGGAGCGGUCAUGUAG